UGCAGCCACUUGUGGGGCGGGGGAGAUUUUUGACAUUUAUUUUGGCACAUUCGACAUAGCACAUGAAGGUUUCAAAACGCCAUUGCUUCCUCAUAGCUAAAUAGAUUGUUUUAAGUUCACAUUCUGUCAUUUGAGAAGAGGAUACUUGUCUUCGUGAGAAGAUGUCUUCAUUGUCUGAGUCAAACCCAAUGAGGAUUGUGCUGCUGGGGAAAACAGGAAGUGGCAAAAGCAGUGCAGGAAACACCAUCAUUGGAAGAGGAGAGGAAGAGUUCAAGAUAGGUCGUUCAGCCAACUCCGAAACACACAUGUGCGAAACAAAGACCAAGGACAUCGAUGGAAGAAAGCUCACUGUAGUAGACACACCUGGACUCUUUGACACAAACAUCCCUGAAGAGGAGCUGAAACCUGAACUAGUGAAAUGUAUUGUAGAGUGUGCUCCGGGGCCACAUGCCUUCCUCAUUGUGCUUAGAGUGGACAGGUACACAGUCCACGAGGAACAAGUCAUUACAAAAAUUGAGGAAUGUUUUUCACCAGAGGCCUUCAAAUAUGCCACAGUUCUCUUCACUUACGGUGGGUGACCAGCUUCCUGAAGGAAAAACUAUUCAGGAUUUUGUGAAAACAAAUAUGAAACUGAACAAGCUUGUGGAGAAAUGUGGUGGCCGCUGUCACGUCAUCGACAACAAAUACUGGAACAACAGUCGGCAGGAUGAGUACAGGAACAACCAGUACCAAGUAGCAGAGCUACUCAACACCAUAGAGAAGAUGGUGAGAGAGAACGGAGGAGGGUGCUACACCAACGAGAUGCUCCAAGAGGCAGAGAGAUUAAUAAACGCAGAGAUAGAGAGUAUUAGAGAGUCAAACAGCCAGAUGUCAGAGGAAGAGAUUGAAAAACUAUCCAAGGAAAGAGCGAGAAAGAAACUCCUGAUCAAGUUGUCAGGGGUAGCAACAGGUGUAGUGGUAGGAGCUCUACUUGGGGUUGCAGUGCCAUUAGCAAUAGUACUCUUACUUCUUGCAAAGCCAUUGGGACAAUUAAGUACAAAAGUAGCAGCAGCAACAGCAGCAAAAGUAUCAGGUGUAGUAGCAGGAGGAGUAGCAGGAGGAGUAGCAGCAGGAGCAGGCGGGGCAGCAGGAGCAGUAGGAGGAGUAGCAGCAGGAGGAACUGUAGUUGCGGUGGAGACCGGAGGAAGCAUUGGAGUUGGUGCAGGGUUAGGCAUAGCAACAGGGUUUGUUAUUGGGACAGGAGCAUUAGUAGGAGCAAUAGGAGGGGGGGUAGUUGGAGCUGCGGCAGCAGAAGAUGCAGAGACACCAGGAGAGGCAGCAGAGAAAGCAGCUGAGGCAGUCCUUAAGAAGGGUAAGGGAAUCUGGGUGGAGUGUAAAGCAGUCUUGGUGGAGAGUAAUGGAAGUGUGGAGAAUGUAAGAAAUAUGUCAAAGGGGUACAGGAAACUGAGCUUAAGUAAUGAAAAAAUGUAGCAGGAGCACUCUAGGUAUACAAAUAAAUAAUUCAGGGUGAUCACAACCUGUAUUUCAAUAGUUUUCUCAACACACCAGUCAGUGCUCUACACACCAAUCAGUACUGUACAGACCAGUCAGUACUAUACACACCAGUCAGAACUAUACACACCAGUCAGAACUAUACACACCAGUCAGUACUAUACACACCAGUCAGUACUAUACACACCAGUCAGUACUAUACCACAUAAGAAAAAAACAAGAACAAAAACAGUUUUAAUGUCUUGUGAAAGUUAAGUGACAAUUCAAACAAAUCCCCAAAAAUGUCAGACAACUCAAACAUUAUAGCAUGUUAUUGUUUAAAAAUAAUUACAGUAGAAUAUAUUUGAUUUCAAUGUUUUAACAGAAUUACAGGAGCAAAUGUUGGAUUGCUAUUUUCAAAUUAUUAAAACAUUUCCUUUCAAUGUAAAUUAUAUAAAAUGAAAAAUACCACACAAAAAUACCACAUUUUAUGUAACAUGCAUGAUUACAUCAUUGUCAUUAUAAUGCUGUAUGUUUUGAAAAAAUUGGAGACACAGAGAAGUGACUCAUAAAAUCGUAUUUACCACAAUGUUGAUUUUAUAUCAGGGUUUCCCUUUUCACAGCUUACGAGCUUUUAGUUUAUGUAAGUGUAGUCAGUGACAUCAGCUAUUACCAGCAUUGUGGAAAUGUUAAGUUUAUUCACUCAAAUCUUCCUAUUUUUUAGGAUCACUAUGGUAUUGUCUGUAUUUACUAUUUUUAAUGAUUGAGACUUUAGGAAUGCAGACUGGCAUGUAUUCUACACCCUUGAUUGAAUUACUUACAAAAAAAAUUAAAUGGUUAAUUGUUCACAAUCUGUUGGAUAUACAUGUGUACAUGUGUACAUGUGAGAUCAGGAGGUGAGGGGUGAGGUCAGUUCCUCUAAGGGAGUAAUCAGGGUUAGUAUCUGGUUACCUUCCUUCUCUUGGGCAUAAACUAAGGAUUGGAGAGAGGGAGUGUCUUAAGUAGGAUGUAUUUAAACUGUGAUGUGAGAAAUGUUUUGCUGUCUGAUUACAGCUGUACAGAACCUUUUGGAAGAAUUAAACUUGGUUAAAGCUU